AAUGGUUUCCUUCCCAAACUUCCCCAGGCAUGGAAUUUUCCCUCUUAGGGAGAGAGGAACUUUUCUGGAAACAGACCCAACUGUUCAUGGAAGAGAACCUGAACCCUGUAACUCUUCUGAACCCCAGUACCAGGACUGAAACACCCAAUCAGUGCCUCACACCCAGCCUGGGGAGCCCGCACCCGAGCCAGCCCUCCUAUAACGAGUCUUUGACAAAGAAUAUUGAACAGUCCCUGUGGCAUGAAAGGAUGACAGACGCAGGAGGGCCCUGGCGGCACAGACUCUGUUUUUUAUCUACAUUGCUUUCCCAGAAGGUUCCUGAGAAGUCAGACAUCAUGCUUCGUUGCAUAAUAUCUGGUCAGCCCAAGCCAGAGGUAACUUGGUAUAAGAAUGGUCAAGCCAUUGACAUGUGCGACAUUAUUUCCAGUUACAAAUUCUUUGAGAACCAGUAUAUUCACAUGCUACAUCUCUAUUGCUGUUCCAAAAAUGAUGCUGCUGUUUAUCAGAUCUCUGCUAAGAACUGUUUUGGCAUGAUCUGCUGUUCAGCUCAUAUUGAAGUCGAGUGCUUGUCAGAGAACCCGCAACUCUGUCCUAAUUCAAAAGGUGACGUGGAUACAGGUUGCAGACAUGCCAUGGAGACAUCUGAGGAGGAAAGUGCAAAUCCAAUUGAUGAGAAAGAACAUCUCUUUAAGGAAGAAGAAAGUAUCUCCCCAGGUACUCCCACGUCCAGUGAUUCCUCUGUCCCCAAAUUCAACUGCUUACUCUCACUCCAACAGCUAUUGGCCAACAACAUCACUGAUGCAGCCAGUUCUGAAAAGCCUUUAGAUGUUCAAGGGACAAGGCAAACUGAAGAGGUUUAUGAUCUAAAUGACACAGAGGACAUUGCAGGAUUGUUGCCUUUUCCUAAUUCCAGUAAUACUACUGAAAAACAAGAUGUAUAUUGCCAUGGAACAAUGCAUUCCAAAGUAUCAGAAUUGACCAACGAUGCCCUGAACAAUGACGGCCCUAAUGAUGGUGUCUUAAACGCCAGUCAUCAAAAUCCCGAUGUACAGAAAUACAUCAGCUUCAGCCUACCGCUGUCUGAGGCAGCUGCCCCCGCUUACCCAGGUGCCAAGCACCUCUACUCACAGGUUUCCAGUGACAACUCUGUCAGUGACUAUGAACUUUGCCCAGAGAUAACCCUAAGCUACACCGAGGAGUUUUCAGAUGAUGACCUGGAGUAUCUGGAAUGUUCCGAUGUUAUGACGGAUUACUCUAAUGCAGUCUGGCAAAGGAAACUGCAGGAGACUGUCUGUGUUUUUUUAUUAGAAAGCGAUGACGAAGGGACAGAAUUCAGUGAGUGUUGCCUGGGUGGGCGUGAGCACUUCCUCAGUGAAAUGGGUUGUCGGCCCCAGGUGUCAGAUAACACUGGGCCUAUGGAUGCCACCACCGGCUUCUGUGGUUAUCACUCACAACCCCACAAAGUGGGGGUAAGGAGCAGUGGGGCCUCCCUGCACAGUCCCUCAUCCCUGCAAACAGGGAUGACCCUUACUUUGGGCCCUCAGCAGGAUGGACCAUCUACAGUGACAGAUCCAAGGAGAUCGAAACCACCCACUGCUUCUGAGGCUGCUGAAAAUGAUUGUCCAGGAAUUCAAGGAGAAACCAGAGACAGCCAACGUGCAGGAAAGGAAUUCACCAGUGACAAUCAGCUAAACAUGGAUAAAGCACCGACAGAGAUGAAGCCCUUGUCUGGUGAGUUAGAAAAGUCAGGGAUGAACCAGGGUUUGGAGACCACAACCAAGAAAAGAGUAGGGGAAAUGGACUUACUGAGCAAGAGGGGCUCACAGAAGUCUGUCAGGGUGAGGCAACAAGGAAUCAACAGGAAACCCAAGAAGCUGAACACCAACCUGAAAGAAAGUGCAGCAGAAGGCACCUUUGAUCUCCUGUAUCCCAAAGAACCUGUCACACACCCACUGACUUGGAGUGAGAAAAGAGCGAGUUCUCAUGUCAGAGCAGAAGCUGCUGACCUCAGUUUGCGGUUCCAUGCAGAAGAGUGUGCCUUUUCAACCCAAGCAGAGCAGGAAGCAAAAACCCUUCAAACACCAACAGACUCACUCCCCAAAGAAGAAGGAGAUGCAAACUUGGAGGCAGAAGGGAUGCAGGAUAACAACCUAUUUGAAACAGGCCAGGCUCCAGAGCAGAGUGAUCAUCCUCAGGUGCAAAUUCAGGAAAUGGUCAGGGAGAGGCUCUCCCUCAGCCAGAUGCCAGCUUUCUCACAGCCUGCAGGGCAGCAGUCUCCAUCCACUGGGACCACAAUGAGUUCUCGUCCCAAUUUAGGCGUGAUCCACAAGGAAAAUGCACCAUUGACCCAAGACCUGGAGGUAGAAAGCUGUACUCAAGGCCCACAGCUUAAAAAAAACCAGGACAGAGAAGACCACACACCUGGAGGUGCCUGGGGAGACCCGAAACUAGAGCCAGGCACCUCACAAGCCAGCCGUGAACACCUGGGCCCCUGUGAACUCUCAGCACACUUUCCCCCGGACGGCAGCGCUGACCUCGGUGAGCCCGAGGCUCUCUCUGUUGCUUCCUCUGAACCCUCAAAUACCUUCCUCAUUUUGGAAAAUGUGUGUGAUGCGUCAAGGGGCAGAGAAGCAGCGUGCUUAGUGGAGUAUUUUGAAACAGGUGACAAAGGGACAUGUUGUAAUACCAUGGAUUCUCCAGUUGGAGCACGAGUUGAUACAUGUUUGCCUCAAGAAAUUUGCUCUGUGGACUUAGAGUUGGCAGAAGGUCGAGGCCAAGUAUCUGAUUUAUGUUCUCCUGAUGACGAGACACUGGAAGUUCUUUUGGAAGCACAAGGUUCUGAGCCUCCACAGUCCACAGGCAAAAACAGCAAGGAUAGAAAAUCGCCCACGUCACCUCUUUUUCUCAGUACUUUUACCUGGAAAAUGUCACGAGAGGCCAGUGACGGUGCCACAGGAAAAAAUUUAGCAGAGGUGGAGAAUUUUGCCUCCACGCUGGCCUGCCUAGUGAAGGCUGAUCGGGAGAGGCCAAGCCCCAGCCACUCUGGAGGGUUUGAGGAAAGACAACCUCUUUCUUCUGAGAACAACUCUGAUUCACAAUUCAAAGCAGCAGGGGUUGAGAGCCCCGGUACCACUGUCAAGGACACCACAGACACACCAGCCAGCCAUAGUUCAAUCAUGACGUUUCUCCAGGAGAAGCCAGCAACAUUAACUGAUAAUUCUGUAAGUCUUCAGGUGACCAAGAAGAGUGUGGUCACAUCAUCUAUUCCCAUGGCCACCAAAGUCCACCCAGCCAAGUACCUUGCUGUCUCAAUUGCUGAAAAUAACUAUGCAGAUGGCACUGAGGGGAGCUUACCUCAGGCACCAAAUGAAGAUAUUUUCCAAUUUCCUUCCAGUGUACAGUUGGGUCAUGUUUUAUGUGGUUCCCCCACUGAAUCCAUAAGACAGCUACCUUGCCUGGCACCCAGUGUCCCAGGAAUCCAUGCCCAUGUUCCCCAGCCCACGGAGAAAGAGGGUUUCUGCAGCCCUUCCCCUCUUCAGACUAAUAACCUAUCUGGAGAUAAGAGCCAAACUGUGGACAGAGCAGACAAUAGGAGCUUUAAAGAGAAUUUCCAAGAAAAAGGAUGUGAAACAGAACAGAAGUUCCAGCAGGAAAGCCUGCCUCACCAGGGCUUUCCUUCUGAAGAUGAUUUCCAAGAAAGCUUGCCCACCACAUCUGCUGCACAAGAGGAAAUAAACUUGGUGCCCUUGGACCUUUCACCAGAAAACUCCAGGGAGAAGAAAGGGCAGAGCUCAGGCCUGGGGAAUAGCAGCUUCAUGGUGGCUGAAGCUACAGUGGAAGAAGACAGUGGGGCUCUGAGCAAUGUUCCACUUGUCUCUAAAAAUCUCCUGGAGGAGUCUAAAGAGAAUGGACCAGGACAUUGGGAACCAGUCAGAAAGCUGAAGAUUCUAACUCUAGAGGCUUCAACUUCAGAAAUCUGGCCGCCAAGCCAACUGAUGAACUCUGAGUAUAAGGAGUCAGAAGCUGUUCCCAUAAUUCCUAACAGGGUCUGGACCAUAUCUGAAGUUCUAAAGGCAAAGUCUCCCAUGAAGGAGCUGGACUCCUCUGAAACAGCAGCAUCACUUAGCAGUCCUCAGUGCAAGACCGUCUCAACGCUUGCUAUUAAAAAAGAUGUUCAUGAAAGUGAAGAACGAGCCAGCAGCACAAGUUGGAGGAGUCUUUCUUCCCAGUAUUUGAGUCAACCCAGACUCCUGGAGUCGUCUGUGGAUCCCAUAGAUGGAAAGGAAUUGUGUGUCACAGAUUCACUAUCAGAGGCUUCCACAGCUGGAUGGGAGGAAAAUGUUAACAAUAUAAAUCAAAACCAGGAGGAAAACCAACUCAAAAUGGAUCGCUUUGCUUUCUUUAAACAGAUUCUGACCUGCCCUAAAAUCUUAGAGUCCUCUGUAGAUCCUAUUGAUGAGUGCUCUAGGGCUGAAAAACCAGAGCUUUCUGAGUCCGAGCUGAGGGUCAUUAAAGAGGAGAGUACAUCAAAUGAUGGAAACAUGGGCCAGAAAGUGGAAGUCUUACCUGCUGUUUUGCAAGUUCCAUGUACUGAGGAAAGUGAGAAAACCAUUCCAAGUGAAAAUAGCAUAAACCAAAGCCAAGAAGACAGUGAGAGAGGGGAGGCUGAACAAAGUAAAAAUGAGAAAGCAGAAUGUAUUGUCCCCACUUUACCUCUUUCUAGUUGUCUUGCAAUAAUGACUCACUCAUCUGUUGUAGUUGGUACAAACAACUUUGCAGACCAAAUUCAUGACAUCCCCGAUAAUGACUUAGUUGAGCCCAGAAGCCAUCGGUGUGUAUUUCCCGACACAAAUGAAAAUGAGCAUGCUAAACCUAUGCCUUCUUCUAGUGGCCUUGCUCUAUCACCUUUUGCUUCAUCUCCUGAAAGAAACAUCUCAAGCCUGUCAAUAGGCAAUAAAACUGAGAAACCUAAAGUAGAAGAGCCUCAAAUUGGGGAAACCAAGCCCCCAAACUCCUCUGGCUUGCCAGCAGUGACUUUGGCAUUCACUCCAGGAGAACGUGCUUCAAGGAAAGCUUCUAAAUUACUGCAGGACCGGUGUCAAAAGGGCUCCACCCUGGGCAGUGUGAAAAAGUCAAGGGAGGACGAGGAGCCCUUUCACAGGGCAGCCAAAAGUGACUACUUUCCCGGGGCCCUGCCAGGAGUGACUGGGCCAGAGGAGGUCGGGAAGAAGCAAGAAUCCUCAGGAACUGGACAUUUAGCUGAAGGGGUCAAAAAGAAAAUUCUGUCCCGAGUGGCAGCCCUGAGACUGAGAUUGGAAGAGAAGGAAAAUGCCAGAAAGAACUUGAGCUUUCUUAAAAAGUUUCCUAAACUUGAUACAUCAGCAUCCUACACAGAUGAAAAAAAAGACCAAAAAAAGCCACCUUGCAUAAGAGAAGAGAAAGCUCCAGUAUUACAGAAACGGAUCCAAGCUGAGAUGUCUCCUGACCAUUCUGGAAAUAUAAAAUUAAGUUGCCAGUUUGCAGAAAUUCAUGAAGAUUCUACUAUCUGGUGGACAAAAGAUUCAAAGUCAAUAGCCCAAGUGCAGAGAAGCGCAGGAGACCACUCCACUGUGUCCUUGGCCAUCAUUCAAGCCAGUCCAAAGGACCAGGGCCUGUAUUACUGCUGCAUCAAGAACAGCUACGGAAAAGUGACAGCUGAGUUCAACCUCACAGCUGAAGUUCUCAAACAGCUUGCAAGUCAUCAGGAUAUUAAAGGCUGUGAAGAGAUUGAAUUCAGCCAGCUCAUCUUCAAAGAAGAUUUCCUCAAUGACAGCUACUUUGGGAGCAGCCUGCAUGGUCAGAUUGCCACGGAGGAGCUGCACUUUGGAGAAGGGGUCUACCGCAAAGCUUUUCGCAGCAAAGUGAUGCAGGGCCUCAUGCCUGUGUUCAAGCCUGGCCAUGCAUGCGUGCUCAAGGUGCACAAUGCCAUUGCCUAUGGGACCAGAAACAACGAUGAGCUCGUCCAGAAGAACUAUAAACUUGCAGCCCAGGAAUGCUAUGUUCAAAAUACUGCCAGAUGCUAUGCCAAGAUCUAUGCCGCUGAAGCACAGCCUCUGGAAGGCUUCGGGGAAGUGCCAGAGAUCAUUCCUAUCUUUCUUAUCCAUCGUCCCAAGAACAACAUCCCUUAUGCAACAGUGGAAGAGGAGCUGCUUGGAGAAUUUGUGAAGUAUUCCAUCAGGGAUGGGAAGGAAUUAAACUUCCUGAGAAGAGAAUCGGAGGCUGGUCAGAAAUGUUGUACCUUCCAGCACUGGGUAUACCAGAAAACCGGCGGCUGCCUCCUGGUCACAGACAUGCAGGGUGUAGGAAUGAAGUUAACUGACGUUGGCAUAGCAACACAGGCUAAAGGUGUAGGACCUGGCAUCCUGUAGGCACCUGUGAAAUGAGAGGAACAGAGAGAAGAAAAACAGAAAAGUUGGCUGCCUAGAACCACUGGCCACAGUGAUAGGUGUGCUACAAGCCUACCAGAAUUUGGGUUUUUUCCUUCUCUCCAGAAGCCUUGGACCCGGCUCUUUUUUUCUAGAGUUUCUCCAUGUCUGGGUACCUCACCAGUGGACACAUGGCUGGAAAAAAAAAAAAACUAUUCUUUUAUUUUUUAAUGUGUAAAAAUCAAUAACAGUCAACAGAGCACAUGAGUUGGUUCAAUUAGAGAAGAGACCAUAGAGAUUCAGUGAGGACCACACAGCCCUGUGCCAGCUGGAGAUCCAGCCAAGCCUUGCCUUACGUAGUCCCUCAUCACUGCCUCCCUCACAUCAAGGCAUUGUGUGCACAUGAAAACAUCGACAGUAUCUGUCUCUCUCCCCUGGUACUAGGGGCUUCCCAUGGGGGUGCUCACGGUGAAAGCAUAGAAAAUGGUGGAUUGCCCAAGGGCUCUUCUGAAUCGAGGAUCUCCUGAGAAGUAAGAACUGAAGUCAGGUUAUGUUCCUUUCACCUGGAUCCAGCCACACCUGAAUCUUGUCUAUUCCUCAGACUCUUCAGUUAGAUGGGACUACACAUUCCUUUUUUUUUUUUUUUGCUAAAGCUAGUGGGUGUUGGGUUUCUAUUUCUUACAAACAAGAGACUCCUGAUUAAUUCUCCACCUGCUCUUUGCAGAAAAAUAUUUGCUCUCCUGGAUUCCAUCCUGAUACACUGACUCAUUGUGUAACCUUAAAAAAAUGCCUAAUGCCCCUAGACUUCAAAUCCCUCCCCAGAGAUUCUGGUGACUUCUGUAACUCUUCUCUUCCUGUUCCUCUGCCACCCUUGCUUUCCUUGACCUCCCUACCCACCCCUAGCCACUGCCCUGACCAAGCAAGCAAAGCGUAGACACAGCACUUUCUCACAAUUAACUGUCUUAUUACCUUGCGGGAAAGUUCCUCCCUAGUUUUGGAUGUAAUAUAGUUUUGUAGCACAAAGCACCCUAAGUUAUACACCCAUGAAUAUAAAAAGAAAGCUCUUUGUGAAAUGGACUAGAAGCUGCCUAUCCAAUAUCCAUCCUCUCUACCCAAUAUUCAUUCUCCCCCUUUUCUUUAGUAAUGGAACCCAGCUGUGUUCGUGGUGGCAGGAUGUUAGCUAAAAUACUGCAUGUUCCAGCCUCCCUCAUGGCCGUGGGUAGUCAUAUGCCACAGUUCUGACCAAUGAGAUCUAAGCAGAAGUCGCCGGGCGGAGUCCUUCAAAGGGGAUUAACUCAGAGGGCAGCUACCCUUUUUGACCUUCAUCCUUUAAAUUUUUCUUUCCUGGAACAUGAACGUGAUAGCUGGAGCUUUAGUAACUAUCCUGUGACCAUGAGGACAGGCUGGAAUGGUUGUUUAGAAGGAGCCCCAAUCAUCGAAGACACUGGGGGACUGUUUCCCCUCUCUACCUCCAGGUUUUUUUGUUAUGGAGGAGAAAAAUAAAGCUCUAUUUUGUCUACAUGAGUUGUUCCUUGAUACUCUUGUUUAAGUUGUUUCUGUUUUAAAAUAAAGUUUUAAAUAA